UCGCGGUCGGUCGGUCGCCGCUCGCUCGCGCGCCCACCCGUUCGCCGGUCCCGGGGGUGGCGUCGGACGCGACCGGACGCCCCGGGGAGGCGCGAGGACCAGUGCGCGAAUCGAGGACCGAGGUCGGCGGGGGCCCGUCGAGACGCUCCCGGGCAUGCCGAGCGACCCCUCUCUGGAUUAUGCCUCCUCGUCGUCGGUAGAUAGCCGAGGACCCGCCCGACGCCCGGCCAGGACCAUGACGAGGAGGGGGUCGCGGAAAUAACGAGCAGCUCCGCUCGCGAGGAGGUACGACCUCGACCCGGCUUGGUCCGAACGUCCCUUCGCCCGAUCUCGCGUCGACUCGAAGGGGGUUUCGCCUGACCUUAAAGGUCCUAUAUAAGAUGGAUGAGUGCGCGGCGCCCGGCAGGUGUGCGGGAGGGGACUCGCAUCGAUAAGGCUUAUCGGAAGAUACGCGGUCUCCAAGGGAACGACUCGAUUAGGUUCCAGUUGAGUUCAGGUGUCGUUCCGUGAGGUCCGAGUUUUCCGGUUCCGACGUUCCAGCCUAGCCACGGAAGAAGCGACUCCGGGCCGCCGGCGCCAACCCGAGGGACGGAAGCUGCGGAGUGCCCGCGAGUGUCGGGGAGUCUCGGGUCUCGGGACUCGCCUCGGGUUCCGAACUGGUCCGGGAUUCCGGGAGUGUCGGCAGUGGUUCGCGAGUCUCGGACGGCUCCUUCGUGGCUAAGUCGGCGUUUGGGGGUUGACGCCUUCAAACCCCCUGAGGCUCGGCAAUCCUGUCUUCCGCAAGCGUGAUCGAGGCUCGGCCAAUCGAGUACCGGCAGUCGUUCUCCGGGAGGGCUCCCAUGAAAAUGCUCCAGUCGCUAAACGCUCUAGCGAGCAAGGUCUCGCCGAGCUCGCCGACCGACAGCAAUGCCAACAAGGUGCACAUGCGGAACAACAACAGCGUCUCGCUCCAUCCUCACCCGUAUACCAAGCAGCGGCAGCGCCAGCAGCAGCAGCAGCAGCAGCAGCAGCAGCAGCAGCAGCAACAGCCGCAGCAACAGCACCAGCAGCAGCAGCAGCAGCUGCUGCUGUCCUCCCCGCAGCCCGCCAAUGGCGACCAGAAGGAGAACACCAUAAUGGGCAACAAUAGCGUGGAGCAGCCCGACCCCGAUUACAUAAAGAUGUUCGUCGGGCAGGUUCCCCGCAGCAUGGACGAAAAUGACCUCAGGGCCAUGUUCGAGGAGUUUGGCCGUGUCCACCAGGUGAACGUCUUGCGGGACAAGGAAACCGGAAGCAGUAAAGGUUGCUGCUUCGUCACCUUCUUCACGAGGAAAGCCGCCCUCGCCGCGCAAAACGCUUUCCACAACAUCAUCAAGUUGAAAGGGAUGCAGAAUCCAAUCCAAAUGAAACCUGCCGACAGCGAGAACCGGAAUAAACGCAAACUCUUCGUCGGCAUGCUCUCGAAGAAGUACGGGGAAAACGACGUGCGAAGCAUGUUCAGCGUGUACGGGGCUAUCGAGGAGUGCGCCGUCUUGAGGGAUACCGCGGGGCAAAGCAAGGGCUGUGCCUUUGUCACCUUUGCCAGUAAGCAGAAUGCUAUCAACGCCAUUAAGGUCCUUCAUCAUUCCAUUACGAUGGAGGGAUGCUCGUCGCCGCUGGUCGUGAAGUUCGCCGACACGCAAAAGGAGAAGGACCAGAAGCGGAUGCAGCAGAUACAGGCGAACCUCUGGAACAUUGCAGGAGUUAACAUGACGCCUCACUACCUUGCUACCAACGACGCGCCUUCGCUCGCGCCAACGUCCCUUCAACUGCUGCAGCAACUGCAGGCAACUUCGAGUGCAGCGACGCCGGUGGGCGCGAGCGCGGGGGCAGGUGCAGCGGGCACUCUGUCGAGCGUGCAGCAUCAGUUGCUGUUGCAGCAGCACCUAGGCCUCGGGGCUAGCACCCUGGCGCCGGCUGCACCCCCGCCAGUCCCGAGUCCAUCCGAAAUAAGUCCCGCGAACCUGCAGAGUCUGGCCACCCUGGCAUCCCUCGGUAACUCUGCAGGUGAGUACGCUAAUGCCGGAGUGUCGCCUAUGAGUAUGCAGAACCUCGUUACUCUCGCUGCGAUGACGGGAGGAAAUGGAAACCUUCAAGUGUCGCCUAAUAGUGUUUCAGCGCUAAGCGGAUUGGCGAAUUCGACAGCAGGUAUGUCGCUAUGGUCAACCGGAGGAAGCCUAAGUCCGGUGACGUCCCUAGCUCUGAAUUCCUUAACAGGGACACCUUUAAACGGUUUUCAAGACUCCCUAAGCAACGCCUAUUCGAGUUUGCAACAAUAUGCAGCUCUCAUUGGAAAAACAACGGUGACUGUGGAAAAGAAAGAGUUACAUAGGUUUCCUGCCUUCACGGGAUCGAGUGCAGCAGCUGCAGCAGCUGCGGCUGCUGCUGCAGCCGUGCAAAAUGCCAACUCCCCCGCCGGUAAACAGAUAGAGGGACCCGAGGGUGCCAACCUCUUCAUCUACUAUCUACCCCAGGAAUUCAGCGACAACGACCUCACUUCUACCUUCAUGCCAUUUGGCAACGUCCUAUCUGCCAAAGUAUUCAUUGACAAACAGACGAAACUCAGCAAGUGCUUUGGAUUCGUAUCGUACGACAAUCCAGCCAGUGCACAAGCUGCGAUCCAGGCGAUGAAUGGCUUUCAAAUCGGCACGAAACGACUAAUAGUGCAGCUGAAACGAUCCAAAGAGGGUAACCGGCCAUAUUAGUCAAGAUCGACGUUUGAUCGUUACAGGUGGCCUGUGACGUUGUGACCUUGUGCUCUCGACCGGAGUCGCCGUGCCAUGUCUGUCUUAGUCGAUCGGUCCCCCGAUGGACCGACCUUUGACAUAUCGACCGAACAUCUUCCCCCGACACGGACUACCUUCGUUCCCACCACGGCUCUCAUCUCCCGCCCUUGACCGCCGUUGAAUUCCGCCGUGCCAUCGUCAAGUUCUUCGCCGUCAUCGAUCCCCCCCCGAAUCAUGAACCCUCCGCCACCUCCCAGGACGAGCCCUCUACCAAGUCGCACUCCGACGUUCGCGACCACCAGUCUCCCUAACCUCCAAAUCCCUGCAGCCGCGAUGCACCGUCGUCCGGGCCGCCCCUCUUUCUCAAACUUCCGGCAUUCUUGUACAGUGGACCCCCACGAACCAAUCUCUCCCGAUUGCGUCGUUUACUCGGCAAUUCGCGGAACGGACAAAAAACACGGACUUCGUUUUCCCCGACCACUUGGUACCCGGACUGAGAGCUUGUUUUAUUCGAUUCUCAGGGUAAACGAUGGGGUACCAAGACGGUGUAAUACGCAAAUUUCGAGCGUACCAUCCGAAGGCAAUGCCCGAUCGUUUAGCCAGGCAGUUUAAUAAAUCCACGCCUUUGGUACGCGUACCAAGUUAUCGGGGUAAACUAAGCCAGGGACGGACGACAGCUUCGGAGGGUAGAAAGAGACGUUUACCGUGUCGACAAUCAAGCUAAACGUGACCGACCGCAUAAACGGCUCGACCGAUACCACCUCUGUAUCCGUAUUUACAUAUGUGCACCCAUGCGUGUGCAUGCAUACGUAUUACCGCAUAUCCGUGUCGACGACGUUCGUGUACGUACCUCGAGUGUAUGCACGCGUAUGCGACGCACGCACGUGUCUAUGCGUGUAUGGGCGCACUAACGAUAUCGCCAUGAGACGGAUAUAUACAUGUAUAUAUAUAUUAUUUAUAUAUAUAUCUAUAUAUGUACACACGCGUUGAGAACGAAAGAGAGCUAAUGCACAUACGUGGAUCUUACGAGGAGGUGGAAGAUAACAUAUAUUAUUGUACAAGAUUUAGAUAUAUUAAACGUUGACUGAAAAUUAUUUUUAUCAGACGGAUAUUGGGUAGACGGUACCCUUCGGGGAAGUAGCGCAAUUUAACGCUGCGAGCGCCGCCACGUUGCAGCGCAGUAUUAAUCGACGGCUCGAAUUAUCGUUCGAUCGUCCGUAGAGAAAUCGGUAGCUUACCGUCGGGCCCCUGCAAGGAGAUACCAAAAAAAAAAGAAGAGUAUAAGAGACAUUUUGUAAAGACUUUGUAAUAAGGUUGUAACAUAACAUUGGACCCUAGUGAUCGCGUUAACGUAAAAAGGCAUGCGUGCAUGUGUGCGUGUACUUUGUAAGGCCCUUUUCUUUCUUCAGUUUUUCUCCUCCUUGUCUUUGCACGAGAACGGAGAGGGAGCAUCCUCGAACGGAAACGUCGGAAUAUCUCCGAGUUCCGGGCAUUAAGGGGAUGCGAAAGUCCGAAGGGUCGAUCGUUCAUGAAAUUUUUUCUCCGAACUAGAGGUACCGAAUCGUUUCAAACUUUACAACGUGGAUAUGGAUGUUGUAAGAAAAGUCCCGACCCUCAUAAAAUUUUUUUUUUAUGAAACAUUUUUUAAAUGUCCAUAAACAUUUUUAAGAAAUUGAAAUUUCACGAGUAUCGGGACUUUCGUUAUAGCCUCCAUAUUCACAUGUAAAGUUCGAAACGAUUCGGUACACUAAAUUCGGAGAAAUAUUUCGUAAACGAUUAAUCCCUCGGAUGCCACUUUCGCGUCCCCUUAACUUCCGGUCGAGGAAGCACUUGCCUUAUGACUUAACGACGCACGUACAUCGCUUCGUAUAAUAAUCCUCCUUUACCCUCGUGCGACGGCCAUUUUUCCCUCGUCGCGCUUAAUAUUCCCUUAACUGUUUUUUUUUUAACGCGCUCCUUCGGUUCCCAAAAAAUUGAUAACCUCCAUUUUCUUCCCCCCUGUAUCUUUUACGUUCCUUCUUUGACUUCUUUCGUUCUUUUCCUCCUUUCAAUUAUUCCUUUGCGUCUCUCUCCGCCAUUUUUUCCUUCGUAUCCUCUCUCCCUUUGAUUCCAAAGAGUGUCGUCAUCGCCGCCAUUACGUCGCCGUCACCGUCUUCGCUAGUGUCAUCAGCUUUGUAGCGAGGCCUGUGGACAUCGAAUCGCAGAAAAGGAAAGGGAGACCACGGAAACGACACAUCCCGAGUCUUGCAUGUGCAUUCUCCCGGUUCUGGCAAGCCGAGAAGAACUAGCUUCCUCUACCGACAUUUUCGAAGUCGGUCGCUACCAGAGGAACGAUCUGCUGACUGGACUCUGUGUCGUCGUACGCCAGUUCCCACGUUCAAAAUCAAAUCUCACUUUCUGUACUUGUAUAUGUAUUUGUGCGCAAUAUGUACCAAAGCCAGUUCUCGGCAUCCCCGAUGCGUGUUUAGCCUUACUUGCGAAUUUCGAAUGGGAAAUCUCCCUUAAGUGUCGUCAGGUUUUCAAAACACCGAAAUGCGAGUAAUUUCAAAAUUCUUUGCAAUAUUUUGACUAUAUACAUGGGGCACUUAUAACACCUUAAGAUUUCGACUCUCGCCAAGGAGUAGCUAUUUUCAAGAGGAAUGAAGAGUUCACAUAAUUCGCCAGUCUCGUGCCGCCUGAUUAUGGCUGACCGAGCAGGCGACUUCUCUUUAAUUCGACUGGCUCGGCAAAUUAAAAAAUAGGACAAUAACGGACCAGUCGAAUUAAAGAGGUAAACUCGAGAAGUGAGUCAAAACAUGUUUUUCGAGGUUAUUUUCAACGGAAGUGUUCGCAAGCGAGGCUGUGCACCCUGAAAAGAAAAAAAGAGUAAAUCCACCUCCAAAAAUUCAGGUGAAAAAAAAAACAAAAUCGAUUCAACUUAAAAUGAGUUACAUCAACUCGAGUUGAAUUGUAUGGUUGAUUUAACCCCACAUGUGAUUUAGCUCCAAAUCUAAGUUUAACUACCUGGUUUAUCGAGUCCGCCAUAUUUAACUCAGGAAAUGAGAGGUGAAUUUACUCACUUUUUUUUUCAAUACGAGUUGAUUACCGUUGAAGGGAUGUCCGUACGUGCGACAGCCAACUGUGCAUUCGGUUCGGCCAUUGUUGGUUAACCGAGCUCAUAACAAAAUGCCAAAGACACGUCUGAAUUAACUCGAUGUACUUACGUUACGCAAAGACCUAACGACUAACCCACGCGUCGAUCCGACCGACGAAUAUUCGAAAGCCGAGCUCGCGCCAAGUAGAGCCUAGUCAUUGCUACCAUUUCUUUGUAAAGACGUACUAAUUACGGUCGCGAGUGGCGUAAUAAUUGUCACCUCGAUAUUCGUUCCUGUGAGAACCGUCGUUUCGUCACGGUACUUCAAUUUUUCAUUGUCGCCGUCGGGAUAGUCACAGCUGCGGCCAUUGUCGUUUGCCGCGUCGCACCACUGUUGAUUUUAAUGUUACUAAUGUUUUACUGUUACUAUUGUUAUUAUUGCGAAUAUUAUCCGAACUAAUAUAACGGCUACGGUAGGAGCGCGUCGAGAAAAAUGUUUCUUUUGGUUGGCAGAAAUUCCGCCAUCUUUCGUUUUUCCUUGAAAAUUCAUUUCGCUUCGUUUUAUCCUACUUGAUGAGUAUGCAAGUAAUUUAAUUAAUUUAGGAGAGUGCUGCUCCAAUUAAAGCGAUCGUUUGAUAAAUCUUGGUCCGGAUAAGGGAAUACGUAAUUCUUUGAUUUUUUGUUAUGUUAGUACGGACCAGAUAUAUUUCGAGAGAAACAAUUUUAUUUGUCAAUUAAACGAGACAUUUUUCGUGCUCGUCAGCGAUGAACGACUCCGACGACGUCCUCUUAAGGGGAUGGGAAAGUGGCAUCCGAGGGGUCUAUCAGUUUGUGACACUUUUCUCAGAAUUGGAUCUAUUAAAUCAUUUCAGACUUUACAACGUGGUUAGGAAGACUCUAAGGAAGAUCCUGACAUCCAUUUAAAUUUUUCGAAAAUUUGUUUAUGGGUGUCGCGAUCUUUCUUAAGGUCUCCAUAUUCAUGUGGUAAAAUUUCAAAUGAUUCGAUACACCCAGUUCAGAGAAAACUUUCAUAAACGAGAAACAUCCAUUUUCACAUCACCUUAAGGCCGGCAGUCAUUGUAUAUUUAACUCGGAAUUGCGGAUCAUGUACUUAACGUUGCACGAAGUAUCGAUGUACAGUCAUGCAAGUUUCGAAAAUAUUCGUCGCUCAUUCCGCAUGGAAUGAAAUUCGAAUUUUGACGUUUCGGCCGGCGUGAGACGCAUUUAGCGAGAUGUGUCGUGAUGUUGGUUAGGGGCGUAUUACACGUGUUACAUUGCACAUGUUACAAAUCGUUCAUUCCUACCUCAGCGGACGAGGAGGGCCACUUUUGCCGUUGAAAUCGUCUGUCCGUACUCGCCCUCUCCUUGUCCUCGUUGCGAUGCGAUUCGAGACACUUAGCGAAAACUUGACAAAAUAUUUCCCGAGGAUCCGUGUUCUUUUUAACGGUCUUUCCCUUUCUUUUAUCGUUUUUAUCUUGCAUCACCUUCAAUUCUACCGCUGUUUUAAGCGUAAAAGUGAUUUCUUAAAACAACCCGAAGGGAAAUACGCGUAAAACUGAGAAAAAGAGAGGACGCAUCCAACGGGCUGAACUGCCAAGUGAGAAGGGUUAAGUGGAUGUGAAAGCGACGUCAUAGGUCUCGUUUGUGAAACUUUCCUCCGAACGGAGGGUACCGAAUCGUUUGAAACUUUACAUCUUUAAUAUGAAGGUCACGAGGCAGGUCCCUUCACCCAUGAAAUUUAAGAUUUUUCAAGAUUUGUCUAUAGACAUUUUGGAAUUUUUUGUAAGAAAUAAAAUUUCAUGGGCGUUGAGACCUUUUUCAGGACCAAAAAUGUGUAUAUGGUAAAGUUUCAAACGAUUCGGUAUAUCUGGUUUGCGAAAAAGUUCCAUAAACGACUGAAAUGCCACUUUCACUCCCCCUUUAAGGAUAGUUUAACCGGUUGUCGCGCUUUCGCUGUCGCUCGAUGUGAACAACGAUUUUACGUAUUCUUUCGCCCUGUGCCUAGGUGAUUUUUUACGAGAUACUUUGUGACGAGAGUACGCGCAUCGAUUCCAGGCCUGUAGAAACGAACCUGGGUUUGUAGGCCUUUGUCAAUUUUUCUUUAUCGUAAUCAGUACCGCUGUAAUAUAGAUACCCUUCCAUCCGUGCGAAUCAAUCGGUCGCAUCGGUGAAUACAUUAUUGCACCGAGAGAAAUGGAUUUCUGGUUAACUGGCUCAUUUGCACUCGUAAAAGAUUCUCGAGUUUUUAAUUGGUCGUCGGUGCGUUUCGAUAUCCUGGACCUCGGUUUAGUUAAACCGACUCAUGAGUCGUUUACAUGCAGCUUUCGGGCAAUCACAAACGUAAGAGUCGCCGUCAAAAGUGGAAUACGAAUUAGUUGAAUGAGAUUUUUUUUGGUAUGUGUCUUUUACGAUGUCUUUCGAUUUAACAAGCGAAUAUUCCUAGUAUUGGCUCGUUUGGGAUGCUUAAUGCUGUUACCAUUGAUGUUUAACGUUUAUCGCGACGAUCACGUGGGAUUCUAUUAAGGCGACAUGAAAGAGUCAUUAUAUAUGGUACUUUCAUAACACCUUAAGGAUUAUCGCCGAGUUUACCUACAGAAUUAUAUUAUUUGUGUGAAAAAGAUGUAAAUUUUGGUUACCGCCACUUGAAAACGGAUUUUUGUUUAUUAAGAGCAAUGUCUUGUGAUACGCUUCGAUCGAAAGUUGCUGCUCGAUCGAGAUUCGAUCGUGUCAUCCGAAGUGAGUCUUUAAGGUGAUAUGAAAGAGUCGUUCUAUAUAUAAAACGUCAAAAUAUUUAUAAAACUUUUCUCCAAACUGGAUGCUCCAAAUCAUUCGAAAUUUCAGCACGUGGUUAUGGAGACCUUGAAGAAGAACGCAAUGCUUAUGAAAUUUAAUUUUUCAAAAACGAUUUUUUUUUUGGAUUUAUCCCCGAGUAGAACCAAGGACACUUUUUAUUUUUUUUAUAUUGAAAUUUCGUAAGCAUUGCGUUGUUCCUUGGAGCCUCCAUAAACACGUGCUGAAGUUUAAAAUGUUUCAAAAAUAUUUUAACGUUUCGAUAUGUAUAAAAUGACUCUUUCUUAGUACCUUAAGCUACCAAAGUUAAUUAUCUAAAAUUGGAGAAGACGUGUCUCUUCCUAUAUUGUUCCUAUCUACAGUUAGAUAUAUAUUAUUUAAAAGUAUUAUACCAAAAGUCAUGUAACAAGUGCAGUGUUCAUUUAGAGUAUAAACUACUCGUGUAAGACAAAAAUGUAGUCCUAAAACGAGCCAGUUACAUUUCUCUCUGCGUAUAGUCAUCGUGAACAAGCAGUUAAGGUGUUUAAUAAUUAUCGUUAUUGUUUCAACUUUAAACAGAUUUACAAUUAUAUACUAUAUUAUUGCUCUUAUCAGGAUUACUAUUAAUUUCUAGAUUCGUAAUAAAAUCGUUAUUGCCGUUGUCGCCGAUAGAGAGAGAGAAAGAGAUAGAGUGAAAGAGAAAGAAUGAGCUCAUACCCCUUCCCACGUUUUCGUCUACUAGAAAGUUAUUGCGAUUCGUUCUAAUUUUUCUUUUUUUUUUCCCCCUUUUCCUCUGAAAGUUUAUAUAAGUGGGUGAGUUUUGGUCUUCGCCCUCAAUGUUUUCGGUGCCUACGUAAGCACAAAUGCUUAAAAAUGAGAUACUUUGAUAAAACGGAAAACUCGUGAUGAUUUUUGUAAAUGUGUAAAAAUGUGAACAAUGUAGGUAAAAGAAAAUCCGCACGAGCAGCGUCACCUUUUGUAAAGAGGUUCCAAAAAAUAAAUCAUUUUUUUCAGCCU